AAUUGGCUCUGUCUAUGGAGGAUUGUGCGGCCUUGUGGAUCACUCCAUAGUCCUAAAUUCCGACUGUCACACAUGUGCGAUAGUACAGCAGUGAUGUGGCUCGUGCAGCUGCUGAAGAGGAUCCACCGGAAGAAAACGGCGGCGCCGGCAAGGGACAUGUUUGGGUAAUUCAAUCUGACCUUUUCCUGCACUCCUCGACCCCUGGACCACCAGUGGCAAUGUCACCGUCAGAGGUCUUUGUGAAUUCUGCAAAGUCUCCAAACGGUGACAGUGCUGCUUUCAGUAACUCUCUCCAUGGCAACAUCAGACUUGAAUACAAUUAACUAAUCCUCUUCUCCCAAGCUCUCACGGUUGCAUCAUUCUCCCAAAGAAUCCUCAAGUUUUAAGUAAGAUAUGCAAAACAUUUUCACUCCUUUUAGCUAAAAUCAGAAUUUAACAGCAAGUUAUCACAUAUUGCAAACACAAAACUUUACUUGAGUAAAAAAAAAAAAAAAAAAAAAUACUGUCUAUGUAAGUGUGAUUAGAUUUUCUUUCAUUUUGAACCUGACAUUUAUUUGUGUUUUGCAUUUUAUACCGCAAACUACAUAGGCCUUCAAAUUUAGAUAAUUAAUUAUACUAUUUUUAACAAACAAAGCUUGUCUUAGCUAAUCUUAAAUUUAUGUCUUUCUGUCAUAGAAAUUAUUAUUUUUUUUGGUAUAUAUAAUUUUAUAAUACAUUUUUAAGAAACAGAGUUCACUUUUCAUAUCAGAAAGUAUAAAAUUAGAGUUUGUUUGUUGCUUUUUUUCCCCCAAGUUCCAAGUUUUUGUACUGCUUGCUCACGGUGAGAAUGGCUGUUUCAAAAAGCAAACUCCUCACAGACCCCUGUUGUUCACAAUCAGCUUGUCACUGCAAAUCAGCUUACUCAACCAAUUAAUAAAUUCCUUCAUAACACAUUGCAGCCAUUCUACAUAGGAAGCUUUUUGUUGUUUGCAUUAACCUUUUAAAUCCUCGCCUAGCCCCCCAAAAAACGUGUGAUCUAACAAAACACAAAUUUGGGAUAUUUUCUUUUUUUUUUUCUUUUUUUGCAACGAACAGAAGCAGUGAUGUCGAACUCGAAGAAGCGUUUGUUAUGGAGAAGUGGGUUAUUCUUCAUCUUUUGCACACUCUUUGUAAAAGCCCUUGCUGAAUCCCGCCAUGGUAAGACGAACCAAACUUCCAUCCGAGGAAGUCUCCUGCAAACACUACACAAUCUACUGCCUGGAAAUGAAACGGACAGUCCUAAGAAUAACUCAAGAGACGUUUUGACAAUGUUGCUGGAGCAGGUGCAAUGUCCUCAAAGCAAUACGGACAGACUGCAAACUUGUAAACGGGUCAGUAAACAUGUUAUCGAUGUAGAUGCACUACUAACUCAUGCUUUAACAUUUUUGUCUUUGGUUUUCGGUUGUCUUUGUUUUUUUAAAGUCUGGAGGCAUGUUGCCUGCUGCUCCGGUUCUGAAAGGGUUAUUGAAUUGUGUGCAGAAAAACAUAUUUAGCAAGCUGUACCACUUUUCGGUUUUAACUUUUUAAAAGGUUUUGGGGCAUUGAAGUUUUGUUAUAUUCAACCUAUUCUACCCAUCGUUAGCCAAGUACUAAUAUUUAUCAGUAAAUAUUAAUCAAAUGAAAUAUUUUCAUUAUUUUCAUUAUUCUAUUGUAUUUAUUUUUAUUGAGGAAUAAAAGCUUGGAUUUGUUUUUAAAUAUUGCCUUUUAUUAGUAAGAAGGUUAUUAUUGACAAUACAUUUUUUUUUUUACAUCAGUUUUUUUAAUGUAGAUACAUGGUCUGCAUGCAUGAUAUUAUUACUAUGGAAUUGUAAAGUCGUAAUGAAUCAGUUUUAAUGUAUAUCAAGUACAUUGUAUAUGCCUGCAAUGAGACAGGUUAUAAUCCAUAACAUAUAAUUAUAGCUUUGUAUAAUGGAUUUUGUUAAGUCUGAAACUAUUCUGCAUUACUAGUAAUUAGUAUUCCAGCAGUGUUCACUAAGCCAGUGUAACAAAUUGUGCCAGAAUACGUGAUUUGAAUAGCUAAGCCGCAAUGCUGGACUUCUAAACUCAAUGUCCACAUGUGAUGUUUCCUCAUUCUUCACAAACAAUUCUAAAUCACUUCCUUUACAUGAAAAACUAAAAUCCAUAUUUUGUAUGGGUUCAUUUUUUAUUUUUUAUUUUUUUUCCAAUACAUAUUUAGUUGCUUUUAAUUUAUCAAUAUAUUGUAUUUUGUGAAGAAAAUAUGUCAUUACUAUUAAAGUUCAAGAAAUUACAAAUUUGCUUCUUUGUUUUUAGUGUUGACCAUAUAAAACGUUUUGUAUAUUUUGCUUUUUAAAUUAUAAUUUUGCUCUAUCCAUAGCAAGUUUUAAGGACUGUCCAACCCUGAUCCUCAAUUUAUUGUUGGGCUACAUUUUCAACAACUCUGUCAGCCAAAGUAUUCUACUGAAUAUGGAUGUGCAUGUUCAUUUUGUUCAUUUGUCCAUACAAUAGAUUCUGUAUAACAUUCUCAGUGUAAUGAUUAGAAAUGAGAUUAGAAAUGACACAAUGCACACAUAUAAUUAUAUAUAAAGUAAGUAUCACUAGUACUGACAUUGAAGUCGCAAACCUUUAUAAUGAAGUUCACAAUGAUUGUUCACACAGCGUAUAGCAUAUUUGGAACAGACAUUACUGUGACACAAACCGCCAAGUUUUCCUUUUGUACCUUCUCUGUUAAUUGAACUUUAAUCACACACAGGAGGCUGCUGCAUGCCACAGCAAGCGAUUAACAGAGAAGGAAAUAAGAAAUUCUAAAGUAAUCAAACAGUGCUAUAAUCAAAGUUUAAAGAUUAUGACUUCUUUUUCAGAAAGUGCGUAGUGAGGCUCUGCAAGUUUCAGCCACAUAAGGUGUGUUUAGUUCUGCAUAAAAAAACGUGGAUUACCUCGUAUUUGGGCAGUAAGGCUGCAGGAACAUGAUCUACACACCACAACUGCUUCAUUAAGCUCAAGCUGUUUUGGUUCUUUGAGUGUCCCUUAAUUCUAUAGACUUUUGAUGUAAACAGUUACAUAUUCAAAACAUGUUGAUAGUUUAGAAGUACAAGAAGAAUAAUACAUAUGUUUUUCUUUAUCAGGACUCAUGUGGAAUGGAGCAUUUUAGUCUGCUGGUUUAGUUGAUCAUCACCACUUGAUGAGGUGAUGAUUUACAUAACCGCACCAGAAUAGGCAUACCAGUUUUACAAAUUAAAGUUUGGAUAAAUGAUAUAUGAGAUCUGUUUGGUGAGCAUGUUGAAAUUGGAUAUAUCUGCACUGUACACAUUUCCACCAGCAUCUCUUUAAUUUAUUUUUCAUUAAACCUACCUUUUUGUUUUUUUCAAAGGUAUCAGUGGUUAGAAAGGACAAGUAGGGGUACAGUGGAAAAGGUAAUAAAGUGUCAGGAUGCAGAGAGAUAUUUUAAUUAGAGUAAAUAAUUUGGUGAAAGGGAAAGCUGAACUCACACAGUAGUGGCGACUCUUACUGGUUGAGCAAUACUUAGAAGUGUUCUCGAUUUGUUGAAGUGGAUAAUGGAAUGUUGAUGAAGCCCAUUGAGAAUUGCUAUGGUCUCAUAGGGUAAAGAUAAAUGAGUAGAUACGGAGUUUGAAAAUAGACAGAUGUGGUUUGUAAAAUAAAUAUUAUUCAGGCUAUUCACUAAAGUUAGAAUUUGGGGAAUUUAAAGUCGGUUUUAAAUUUUAGGUCAAAACAGUUGAACUGGGAGCAUUGGCAAUAUUUUCCACCAUGGCUAUUUUGGCUUUCAAUUUUAAAUGCAUUCUGAAUUGACUUUAAAUCCCAAACGAUUCUCGCUGUAGUAAAUGAUCCUGUAUAUGUUUGUUUCUAAGUAGGAUAGAAAAAAAGUGCGCUGUGCCUUUAAGGAUAGUGAUUCAUAUAUACACCUGUGUAUUCAUAUACAUAAAGUGCAAAACAGGUCAUAUAAAAGUGCAAACCCAAAUACACUAUAUGCAAUAUAUAAUGUAUCUUAAAUCUAUCAAAAAAGGUGCCUAAGUGAUACAAUGUAUAAAAAAGAGCACUUACAUAAAUAAGUGCUCUUACAUAUGUCCUCCCAAAUAUUGGAUAUAUCAGGCCAAAUUAAGAAAAGGUAAGGGAAACAGGAAAAAAAAAAUUAGUGUAAAUCUGUAGAUCAAGCACAGAAAUAUAAAAUAGUAAACCAAUCAACUCACGAGCAGGGAGCAGUAAAAUUUUGCUCUCACUUUGAUAGCCCAGAUAUCUAAAGAUGCAGGACCACCACAUCACAGACAGGACAGCAGCUGGAUGUAGUUCAAACCUUUAUUGGUAACAGUAGAAAACUUUAAAAUCUCGAGCUCAUUCUCUGUAGAGCCAGUCCUCCUACUUUCCUGACACGCUGGCUAGCACUUGCGGCAAUUAUCUUCGAUAUUUCCUUUUUCUUUAUAUUUUUUAUAUACAUUAUAUAUUGCAUAUAGUGUAUUUGGGUUUGAACUUUUAUAUGACCUGUUUUGCACUUUAUGUAUAUGAAUACACAUACACAGGUGUAUAUAUGAAUCUCUAUCCUCAAAGGCACAGCGCACUUUUUUUCUAUCCUACUUUUAUACAGAGUGUUUUUGGAGCUAUUUUACACCUAAUUUGUGCUGCCUGCCUUUUGUGGUAACAAAUUUCACUUUUAAAUUAUUCACAGCGCCUUAUUUUAUUUUUUUCGUUGUAUGUUUGUUUCUAGGCUAGAGGGCAAGAGGGGGCUGUGAAUUGGAUUUAGCAAUUGACUGGAGCAAUUGACUGGUUAGAUGGGUGGGUGACUUGUUAAAAGACACAGUGCAGGAAUUGUUAGAGAGGUAAGAUAAGAAUACUCUGAUAUACCACAACCUGCAAAAUUAGAUAACGGUUAAUAAAUUACAUGAAAAGUAUUGCAUAGCACAGGCUGAGGAUAGAUGAGAAUUUAGAAUGUCGUGAUUGACAAAGAAAGUGAUGGACCAGAAGGAGAGUAGUUUAUGUUGAAUGGGUCAGAAGGAAUGAAAAUUGUAGAAGACAGUGAGAAAGGACAAAAUAUGUCGCUCGAAACCAAGUGAAGGUGCCUGCUGAUGGCACCAAAUGUUGAAUUUCCCACUACCAUUGUUUUUCAGGCUGAGAUCUGUAAACUUUGAUUGUAGCUGAUCUUGAGGAUUUUCCAACAGAUCACAUUUUUUAUAAAUUUUGUAGUUCAGCUUUCAAUACCUUACAGUUCUGUGUCAAGUGAAUUAUGUAUUUCCUUAUAAUGUUUGUUAAAAAUAAUUUAAAAUCCAAACACACUUUGAUUUAUUCAGUCUAAAAGACUUAUGACAAUGUUUACUUUAGUGGAAAAAAUAGAGAGGUCCAGGCACUCCAGAUAUCAGUAGAAUAGGCAAUUUAUUAAACUCACAGUCAAGGCAACGUUUCGACCAAACUGGUCAUGAUCAAUAUAAAAAUAAGGUGUGAAAAAUGCUGGAAAGUACUGUUUGCAUGCUCGAUUGUGUUAAUUUAGUAUUCUUAUAACACCCUUGUAAAUCUUUUAUUAUUAUUAUUAUUAUAUUUUUCAGUGUCUACAAGCUGAUCCCUUGCUGCUAAUAGCCGGAACAGAAACAGGCAAUAAAAUAGAUGAAGAAUCAAUACAAAAAAUAUCAGUUAUACUUCUGUAUUAUAUAGUAUACCAAAAAGACUUCUGCUCCACUAUUCCUGGCCACGUUGACAAGGAUUAUAUAUUUUACCUCAACAACUUGCUUCAUUUAAGGAACGAAGAAGACUGUCAUGAUCUGUCUUCUAAUGAGAUAGAGGAUAUCUUAGUAACAGUAAAGCACUAUUUCCAAAUAUCUGAUAAACAAAAGGUAAGACUAGUGUCUCAUGAGUUCCGUGAUUUUCUCAGUAAUUUGAAAUGUCAUCACUAACUUUAUGCCAAAAUACCAAAACUGGAAAGAUUGCUGACUUAGAUAACUAUUCUAAUUUGUCAACUGUAGCUUAAAUUUUAAAUUAUCUUUGAAUUCAGGUAAUUCAUACUUUAGUCAUGAAAGGGACACAAUAGUCACCAGAACAACUACAGCUUAUUGAAUUUGUUCUGGUGAGGAGAAUCAUUACUUUCAGGCUUUUUGCAGUAAACACUGUCUUUUCAGAGAAAAUGCAGUGUUUACAUUACAGCCUAGUGAUAACUACAGUGGCCACUCCUCAGAUGGCUGCUAGAGGUGCAUGCAGACACUGAAUUGAUAUUGAUUCAAUACAUCUCUAUAUGGAUAUGCUGCUUGGCCAGGACCAGUGUUUGACUUGUGCUGGCUCUGCCCCUGAUCUGCCUCCUGGACAGCCUAUGGGAAAGCAUUGUGGUUGGCUCAGAACCACACUUCUGAUGAUGUCAGCAGACAGCAGGCAGAUCAGAGGCAGCAGCUGCAGACUUGAAUACAAGUAACAUUUUACUAUAUUUAGGGGGGCAAGUUGGACCAGGGGGAUAGAUGGUGGUUUUAACACUACAGGGUCAGGAAUACAUGUUUGUGUUCCUGACCCUACAGUGUUCCUUUUACCUUGAAGGUGUCAUGCAUUAUCCUAUUAUAUAGUGUCUACAUAUAUAUUUACAAGUGCUGGUCCAUUCCACUGUCUUUUCUUGCCUUGACUAAUGUAAUCCGCUUCUCAGUGGUCUUACGUGCUCCUAACUUGCGCCAUUACAGUCCAUAAUGAAUGCGGUGGCGAGGCUCAGCUUCCUGUCCGCCUGCACCUCCCACGCCUCACCCUUCUGUCUGUCCCUACAUUGGCUUCCUGUAAGAUAUAGAGCUCAAUUGAAAAUCCUGGUUCUUGCUUUCAAAUCUCUACAUAAUGCUGCUCCCACCUAUCUAUCCUCCCUUAUACACAAGUAUGUCCUGUCUAGGCCCUUAUGAUCUGCUGAAGACUUACGUCUAUCUUCUGUCCGUACUCCCACCUCUGAUGCUCGCCUUCAAGAUUUCUCGAGGGCUGCGCCGUUCCUGUGGAACUCACUUUCCUCCUCCGUUAGAUUCCCGCCCAGUCUCCACUCCUUCAAAAAAUCAUUUAAAACCCACUUCUUCAUAAAAGCGUAUCAAUUAAACUGUUAAUAGCUCCUGACUGAUUCCUCUUCUGCAACUGUCACUAGUCUAAUACUAUCCUAACCUUUUGUGUCACUUUUUCCCACUCCCUCUAGCAUGUAAGCUCAUUGAGCAGGGCCCUAAACCUCUCUGUUCCUGUGUGUCCAACUUGUCUGGUUACAACUACAUGUCUGUUCGUCCACCCAUUGUAAAGCGCUGCGGAAUUUGAUGGCGCUAUAUAAAUAAGAACAUAAGAAGAAGAAGAAGAAAGAAAUUAACCGUAAAAGGUUGUGGUUGGAUUUAAACGCAAGACACCUGUUGAUUCAUAUUCUGUAGUGGCUCCACACUGCAUUUUGAAAUUCAGAGGUUUAGGUCAAUAACUUUAAUGUGUUAAUCAUAAUUAGUAUUUUUAAUUUUUCAACAAAUAUAAGAGGAAGUAUGAGAGCAAGACUCUGUGUAGAUAUGCUCAAUUCCUCUCUUUUGAUUCUUUCUACUCCUUAAAAUAUAUUUUUCAUUAUAAAAUUCCCUAUUUAUUUGUUUCCAUCUGCAAGCUUUUAGCUGAAUUGGAGAAUUUUUUGAAAAUGGCUACAGUAGCCUAGACUUUUUUUUGGAAUUCAGUUUCCUGCUAUUUAGUGUUGAGUCAGCCUGCUUGACUGGCCGCUGUGCUUAGUCAAUAACUCCUGGAUCCCUGUGACUGUUUGGACAUGGACAUUUUUAUGAAAAUAACCCCCUUUCUGCUGUUAAUCCACCAAUACUAAUACAUUACCAAGUAAAACAAUUGCCAAUCAAAUUUCCUGUUUAAAUUUCUUUCAGUGUGUUGAUUUGAAUUUUCUGGAGAAAGAAUUUGGGGUAUUGCACGUUGUAGGAACUGAUAAAACUACUCUUCCAAGGCUAGCUGAAGUGAUUCUUGCAUUAUCGAUACAGCGGGUUUGUAUUCGACAGACAGAGUUGCCAGAUGCUGACUUCUUUACAGAUUUUAUCUUCCAAUCUCUGAACAGAACCAGUGAGCUGUUUGCUCCAGGUACGAAUGCUGACAUUUAUCAUUAAGAGUUUCUUGUGUACAAACAUGUCCCCUCUGAGACUCGGAGCUGACAGUAGCAGCAACGACUAUUCCAACCUCCCACUACAAGCAACAUUUAUGGACAGUUAUAUAUUUUAUACAUAAAUACACACACAAUCUCCCUUGCUUGUAUUACACAUCUACUUCUUGCAAACAUAUACACAUAGAUAUACACAAAUAAAAGCAUCCCAUUUCUUAAUUGUACAUAGAAAAUAAAUUAAUGUUCUCUGUUUCUCUCUCUCGGGGUUAUCCACUAAAGUGAGAAUGCAAAGGGAAAUUCAAAUUUAAAGCGGCAAUGUCAUGCCGUGCUUACUUUUUUCCAAUCACUUCCUCUUUUUUUUUUUUUUUUUUUUAAUCUAUUUUUAACCAAAAACAUAAGACCAAAACAGAAACUACUUUAUCACAGUAUGUUUCUUCUGCCUGACACUUCUAGACACUGGACGGAGCUACCACCAUCAAGAAGUGUCAAUUGACUCUAUAUAUGGAGAAUCCCGCAGUCCUCCAUAGACCUCAAUACUGUACUCUUGCCCAUGUGCAAGAGUACAGUGGUGAUAUCGGCUCCUGAAGCAGAAACCGAAAAGAACUUGCCAGAACAGGGUGGCUCUGUUGUAAUAUGUUAGCUUUUUUUUGUUGUUUAAUAACUUUUUAUUUAGAUGGGUGAGUCCAUUCAUUAACUUUGUAAAAAGGUUCACAUAUCAUGUGUAGUGCGGGACUCGUAGGUCCGUGUCAAUUAGAAGUGAAACUGUGGAACACGCAGGUUCCAUGUACAUUCAAGUAACAUGCAAGACUUGCAAGUCUCAAUUUGAGCUUUUUAAUUAUAGCUAUUGUGCUGAGAGGCAACAAAAAUUAAAGUUUAAAAAAAAAGAUAUGAUUUAAUGCCGCAACUGACUGCUACAAAAAUUCUUUAGUUUAGGAAAAAUUAUAUGACCAAUGAAGAUCACUGAAUUCCCAUGAAACAUGAAUAUAAAUUCAUCAUGUUUAGUUAGUAAACUGUUUUACACCUCCACAUAAUCUUCUUUCCUCAGACAUAGAUGAGCUUAUUGGAAAACUUAAAGCAGUAAUUGCAUGUGACACAAAAGAUCACAAUCACAGAAGAAAACAGAGGAGUCUUGUAGUACCAGGAACAAAUCCGGAACCCCUACCUGUCCCACGGGAAAGGGAAGAAGAACUGCAGAUUAGAAAUCAAGAAAUUUCUAAAAUAACAGAAUACUCGACACAAUGGAAGCAGGUAAAAGAGACUGCAUACACACACACACUGAUAUAUAUAAUAGUGAACAUGCUAAAAUCAGUUAUGCUUUAACAUAUCCUGUAUCCUGUUAAUAAAAUAAAUAUGGACCAGUAAGGGCCUGGGGAUGCUCAGCCUCCUGGGCACUAUACAAGUGUAAGGCCCUAUUGAUAAAACAAAUAUGGAUCGUUAAAGGACCAAGGAGAUGCUCAGUCUCCCCAUCAUGAGUAGAUAUUCAAAUAUUGCGAGCUGGUUAUCAACAUAUCAAAUGGUAAUUUGAUUUGUGAUAAGGAGUGAGAGAAUUGCAUAUUUGUGGUAGCAGCACAGACUUUUUCACUUCUGUACUAUUAUCGUUAUAAGCGCCUGUAUACACAAUAUCACUACUAUUGGUUAUCCACAUACAUUUCGGUUCUGCGCGGAGCAUUUUGUUGCCUGGCCUCCGUUACCUGCCAUUCAGGUCUUUGCAAUUUGUAUUAAUUUUUGCCCUGGUGGUAUACUGUUGGCAAGGGCAAAGAAUAUUGGAGACUCUUUCUAAUCCCCUGUUACAUGACCGGCCAAAGAGGGAGCAAUGUUUUAAAUUCAUUACUGAUGUAUCAUGGUGCUCUGCAGUCACAUACUGGAAUGAAGACUGAUAUCUAAACAGUCUGUAGUAAAGAUAAAAAUUACCUGCAUUGGUCCAAGGGGAUCUACUGACCUCAGAGCAGUGUUUGCAUGCGCUCUGUGCUCUAGUCUGCUUCGUCAUCAUUAAGAUGCCCGGCACUAUGUAGCCUUUAGUGAUGAGACUUGUCCACAUUAUACAGUGCAGCCCAAAAUUUGGUGACCUGGCACCAAGAGACCAUCACUGACAGGUAGGAGAUAGUAGAUUAAUAAGGCGAGGCUAACUUGAUAAUGCAUUUGUGAUUUUACAGAUUCAAAGUUAAUUUUAUUGUGAGUUGGGGAGAGUGGGAAGGAUUUGGGCAAAACACCAGGUGGUUUUGGUACCUCACGUCACUCCUAGGUGAGGUUAAGAAAUAGAUGAUGUGAACAGGGGAACCACACUAAUACAUGAGGGGCGUCUAGAUCGUGAAACCAAUUGCAUAAGUUAGAGGUAACAACAGAAGAAAAAAGGAAAGCAGUAGAAAGGGAUGUAAAACAGUUAGUGAAUACAGUGAGUGCGCAGACAGCACUGGAACAGGAAGAGUAGACGAUUUUGUAAAACAAUGGUAUAUAGAAAAAGUAUAGGUUAAGUCUGCAAUAUGGGCCAGAGCCACUAUUUACAAUAUUUGUCUCUCAUUUCAACGUCAGAUAAACUGCUGGUAUAAAAUAAUUUCAUAUUUUCAAGUGUUGCUGCACCUUGAGCUAAGGAAGAAAUAUUGUUCUCUUAAAUUGUAUUUACCCACAGUUCAUCGAGGGAGGCACUACACAUGCAUACAGGUGUCUAUGAUUAUGUUUAUCUAUGGGGAUUUUUUCCUUAGGAAUUUGAGAUAAAUGCCAAUCACAGUGUAAUUUUAAUGGAUCCAAAUCCUCUUCAGUAGCAUUUUGUUGUUUUUUUAAUCAUUCUAAUUCUGCAUUUCUAGGGUCAUCCUUGUUAUUCUGCACAUGAACUUGUGAGGAUUUUUCUAAAGAACAGCCAUUCUCCUGUUUCUAGAGAACAGUUCAAGCAAAUGACUCCAGCAAUUAUUCAUCACCUUCUAAGCUGCACAUGUCAAUCAGAAGAAUCUUCCAGCACCCAACUACCUCCUCCCACCACUCUAGAGAGUGAGUGUCAUCAUAUAUUGCUGGUAAUUCAGUAACAUCUACCAAGUUGAACGGGAACCAAAAAAAUAUAUAUUAUAUAAAUUAUAUAUAUAUAUGUCCAACGGUAUACCUAGGUUUUCUUGCACCAAGUCCAGAACUUUAUGUCUGAGUCUCACAUAAAUGGAAGAGUUAUUACAAUUGGUACCCCCGUCCUGUAACUGUAGACAUUUUAUUUACUUUUUGCAAUUCCCCUAACAUCCUUUUGUUAGGGAAAUUACACAAACACUCACAUUUAUAUGCACACAUAUUCACACACUGAACACAGCAAAAGCUUACAUUGCAACGUUAACCAUCUUACAUGGUGAUUGGAACUGCUGUGUGGCAUCUUAUUCUAGGAAUUCCUUCUGCUAGCUAAGAGUUGUCAGAGCAAAAUCCACUUUAAAUGUUAGUAAAAAUGACAUUGUUGUGAAAGGUUUGCCUUUGAUGAUCCCAAGGUCCCAGGUGGGCCAAUGGGUAUCUUCUCCAGAGACAUUAUUUGUGGACACUAUAAACAACGCAAGCGAAGGGCAAAAGUGCAAUCAAGGACAUUGUAGAACUUCACAUAAAACUAUCAGUCUUUAAAUAUUAUGUUUUUAUACAUAAAAAAAAUCUAUUAAUGUCCCAUUUGCUCUGUGUCCUCUCUGUGUCUUGCAUGUAUUUCAGAAUAUGGCUACAGCACAAUCGCAGUGUUGCUCCUCACGGUGGGAUCUAUGUUCGGUGCCACACUCAUUAUAUUUAGUUCUUGUGAAGAGAAUUAUAAACUUAUCUUACAAUUGUUUGUUGGAUUGGCAGUAGGAACAUUGACUGGAGAUGCCCUUCUGCACCUAAUUCCGCAGGUAAAGUGGAUCUCUAUUUCCCUCAAUAUUUGUUUUAUGCAAUCUCCAAAAACAUUAAAGAAACGUAUUAAAAGAAAGUGUGCAUUUAGUAUUCACCUAUUAUCACUGAUCUCCCUCUGAAUACAAAUAUUGAAAACAUCAGAAAGAUAUCUUUGACCUCACUAUAUGGACAUGUAUUAGAUAUGUAUUGAUAACAAAAAUAAACAAUCAUGGUCCAUCAAAUUGUGUAAAUGUGAGUGGUCUCAAGGAGCCUACACAGUUGUACUUAAUGUACAAGUUGCACUAUUAUUAAUAAAUUGCAAUCAGAAUAAAAAUCAUGUCAUGUUUAGUACACAAAGCCACACUAAGCUUUUCUUAGUGUUUCAGCCCUGAUUUUCACUCUACAGAGAAUCAUAUGUAUCUGCCAGGGUUCUAUUCUGCCUCUCUGCAUCUCUGCAGAGGGACUGUAAACAGUGCUUCAUCCUCCCCUACUGCACAGCUGUCUUUGUAUUUGCAGGUUUUUUGGCCACAUUUUUGCAGCUGGGAAGGGGCUAAAGAUAAUCAUUGGUUUUCAUUAUCAAAUUGUGUGAAGAGAAACAAAUAUCAAAACUAAAUAUUUAUCUUCAUCUUUCUCCUUUUAUAGUCUCUGUCUAUUUUGUAUCACAUAGUUACACAGCUGAAAAGAGACAUGUGUCCAUCAAGUUCAGCCUUUCUUACAUUUGAUUUUUGCUGUUGAUCCAAAAGAAGGCAAAAAACACAGUCUGAAGUGCUUCCAAUUGUGCAACAAACAAAAAACAAAUCCUUCUGGACCCCAGAAUGGCAGUCAGCUAUCUCCUUGGAUCAAGAAGCUAUUACCCCUCUAAUUAAAAAUGAUAUCCCUGUAUACUAUGUUUUUGCAAGUAUUUAUCCAAUUGCUGUUUAAACAUCUGUAUAGACUCUGAUAAAACCACAUCUUAAGGCAGAGAAUUCCACAUCCUUAUUGUUCUUACUGUGGAAACCCUUUCCUUUGCCUUAGACUAAAUCUCCUUUCUUCCAGUCUAAAUGUGUGACAUUUUCUCCUUCUUCAUAUGUAUAAUCCUAUUUAUGAAUAGAUUUCCAGACAAUGGUUUGUAUUGGCCCUGAAUAUAUUUGUACAAUGCUAUCAUAAACGUCUGAGGUGCUGUUUUUCUAAACUAAAGAGAUUUCAAUUUGUUUAACUCUCUUCAUAACUAAAAUGUUCCAUUUCUUUCAUUAAUUUUGUAGCCCGUCUCUGAACUCUUUCUAGUGCCAUAAUAUCCUUCUUUAGAACAGAUGCCAAAAAUUGCACAUCAUAUUCAAGGUGUGAUCUUACCAGUGAUUUAUAAAGAGGCAAAACUAUAUUUUCAUCUCAAGAAUUAAUGCCCCUACGUAUACGUGACAGUACCUUACUGGCCUUAGCCAUGUAGAUUAAUUAGUUUUCAUAGGGAAGUGGUUAACACACAUAUUAGACUUAAUUUUGAAGGUUAAAACCUGUAGAAGUUUAUUAUCUUUUACAUUACGUUUUUUGUUGUACAAUAUUUUAGAUUCUUGGAAUACAUGACAAUAUGUCUCAUGAACAUGACCACCAAGAUGGAGGACACAUUGAAGAUAAGGAAUAUUUAUGGAAGAUAAUGGCCAUGAUUGGAAGUAUUCAUGGAUUUUUCUUCAUUAACAAACUUUUCAUUCUUCUUGUUUCAUCUUGGAGACAGGUAAAUCCCCACCACUAUUGAAAAGGUAAUAUCUUUGUACUCUGCUCACUUCACACAAGUUUUCAGAAUGAAUGGGCAACCCAGGUAGGGCAAACAUUGGUCUACAAGCUGGUUGUAUAAUUCUUUUUUUUUUUUUUCGUCAAUCUUUGUUUUAUUGAGGAAUGGAAAAAAAGAAUGUUACAUGUAGGAAACAUAUAUUCAAGUAUAAUGUACAAGAACUGUUUAUCAUUUCACUGUAGCUACUUGAUACCUCUUAUUUUUGUUUAAAACAGAUAUAAACCUGUAUAAGCUUGACAGACAUAUCUGAGUAGGGCCUAGUUUACACUUUUAAGUGAGCAGGUCUAGUUAGAUAUGGAGAGAUUAAUUAAAUAAUAGUAGGUAACUACAAGUUGUAUUUCAAGAGAAAGAAAUAAACCACUGGUAAAAUGUCAGGAAGACAACAUGCUAGGUUAUCAGGAGUUAGUGCAGUCAUGGUUAUGUACCUUAUGGAGGAGACCACUGAUAUUUGGAGAGGUAAUUUAUAAGACUCUGCAUAUCUCAAAGGAAUGUCACAGUAACACAAACAUAAAAUAAAGGAGCUAACAAACUCAAAUAAUUAAAUUUCAACAGCAGCAUAUGAACUUUGAGCCCUCAAACCAGCUGCAGUCAGCCAAUGCCUAUACGUGGCAGAGCAACCGCAUAAGCGGUGAUACAGAGGGUCCCAGAGCGAUGCAGGUGGGACAAAGCCUACAGUCGCAGGCCUGUGUAGAGGGUCUCAUCUGCAGACCACUGACUUGAGUGUUCUUUGAGUUCGAGGCAUUCCAAUGUCGGACGCAGAGGAAGGCACAGGUGCUCUGCUGCCGCCUGCAAUGGUCAGUCUUCUAGCGUGGUUGUUGAUGCUGCAGAGGCAAUUUCCUCAUGACUCUCAGCCUAGGUAGGCCGCUUGUGUGUGUGGUUAGUGUAGUAGUAGGUGCUUUGCCCAAAAGAGGCCGUCUCAGCCCCUCGUCCUCAGUCCUCUUCACAAUCUUCUCAGUAUGGGUCGGUGUUGGGAACAUGUGCCUCUCUAGAUUUGUCCAGAAGUGUUGAAAAGUCCUGUUCAGCUUUUCGAGUGUACGCUCUAUUAUUUUGGAGUGGUCUCCGCCGGGCUGCAAGUAAGAAUGCUCCAGCCUUGAAGGCUCAUCCGGCAUCUUGACAGGCCUCCGCCUGUGUUACCUGAAUUGCGGCAAACUACAGGAACCAGCUGAUAACCCUCACUGGUCGAAAGGGGGGUGGAAACAGGACCGGGGAGAAGUUCCUUCGGGGAGCUUCACUACAGCAGCCAGUGGGUAAACAAGGCAGUGGCCGUCCACCUCACCUCUCUGUCGAGUAGGCCGCAGGCUCCAGGAGCUCUAUCUCCCAGCAGGGCUGCAAAGAGUAUUAGUAAGGGUUUUGUAGGACAAAGCAGCAGGCCUUAAAACCCAAAAAUAGAUGAAGCCAGCUUGUCAGCAUUAUGGAGAGGACUUGCCCUGCUUGGAGAAACAUGCUCAUAUUCAAAGUAUUUUGAAAGUAAAAAAAAUAUGACUACUGGGAUAUUUUUGCUUUAUUUGCAACCAAUUAUUACUUUUUUUUUUCCUUAUACUGAACCGAGAAUAAAAUGUAUUUUCAUAUUCAGGAGUUGACCAUAGAAUAUGCUUUAAUAAAAACCGUCCCAAAGUCAUACAAGAAGGGAAUGGGGCAAAUCACAUAUUACUAUAGAAAAAUAUAACAUCACAGAGCUGAAAUAAUAGCACAUUGUACUGCCUCUUGCAUUACAUCUUCAAAGAAAUUCAUUUGUAUAUAAUAAGAAUUACAUUGUGUAAAUUAAACAUCUUUUUGUUAGACAAGGUGGCCUUGUAAAUUGAAAAAGAUUGCAUUUGCUUGACAAGAGAUAACGGAUUACAGAACAAAUUCAACGAAAGUACAGUGUGUCAUUAGGCAAAGAUUGUUAACCCAGGCUCAUCUUUAGCAAGGGCCAAGGGGAGCUUUUGCACUGAUGAAAGAAUGAUAAGGGUGAGACAGUAAAGGCUUUCCAUGUGUUUGAUCCUAGCCGUGGGUCAUUUAAGGCAACAGAAGUGGCUUUAAUAUUGUUGCAGUCGGUAUCUAGAAAAAACUAUUCUUAAGGACACCCAAUUCUAGCUUAGGCAAGGUAAAACCUGUUCUAGAAUGUACUUGCAUACACAAGGCUUAACAUUGCACAGGGCAAUGAAACUGUCUCUAAAUAUAUUCUCCAUUCUCCAUGUAUUAUAUUCAGUCAUUUAUUGCUACCUCAUUGGAUCUAUUUCUCUUAAAGGCACACUCUAAGUAUAAAAACAACUUUAGCUUAAUAAAUAGGGUUUAGUGUAUCAUGCCCUGCAAGCUCACUGCUCAAUCCUCUGCCAUUUAAGAGUUAAAUAAAUGUGUUUAUGCAGGGCUAGCCACACCUCUCCUGGCUGUGACUCACACAGCCUCCCUACACACUUCCUGAAAAAGAGCUCAAACUGUUAAACUACCCUUAUUACACAGUGUGUUUAAUUUAGAUGUUUUUAUCUCCUGCUCUGUUACUUGCUCACUGGAGCCUGCAGCAGAGUCUUGUGUGUGAUUAACAUAUAAGUAACAGAUCAGGGGGAAAAAAGGUCUAAACUAAGCACACUGUUCUGUAAACAUGAAGCCUUUCUUCAUGGAGGUAAGUCGCAACCAGAAGAGGUGCGGCUAAAACUGCCUAAACAGAAGCAAAAGUGAAUUAUCUUCUAAACGGUAGCAAUUGAGCAGUAAGACUGGAGUCGCAUGAUCUAUACACCAAAACUACUUCAUUUAAACUGCUUUAUACAUUUUUCAAUUCGUUAUCAGGCGUUGUAAACCCCCUUUCUAUCUAUUUGCCUAUUUCCUAAUAAACAGAGUCUAACUUAUCAGCGUCAAUUCAUAUGCAACACCAUGUCGAGCUUAUAUCUCUAUUGAACCGGUGUGUUGCUUCCUAACCAUUCUCCAGACACAACAGGGAAGUGUCACUAAACUCUAAUCACUGGUUGAAAAUGAUUAGGGUUAUAGUUCACAUAAGUAGGAGCCCCGGGAAAUGGUAGGAUUCCCCAACACAACAAAGUGUAACUAAUGUUGAUAAGCAGUUGCUGCAUGUAUUCUGGGAACGUUUUAGCGGCAAGGUUCCAACAAUAGGCACAGAAGAGACUGAUUUAAGAAGGCGUUAUAUAUUUCAGAAAAUAAAAAAAAAUGUCACUAGCUCACAUUUUGGGUUAUACAUAUACUGCAAAACAAUUACGGAAAAAAUGAAAACACACUGACUAUGUAAUUAUUGUUAUUACCCAGUGACAGAAUACAAAUCCUAUAGCACACAAAACAAUAUAUUUAAACAAAUGCAAAAUAUAGACAUUAAUAAAUAGGUGAUGUUUUCAGAUAAAAAUAAUGUAAAAAAAUACGUGAAAUUAUUUCAAAUUAAAUUUCAACUAUAUUCUGUCAAGAACAGAAUAAGCACAUUUUCUUCUUUAUAUUUUGGCUUGUUUUGUUCUUUUCUAUUUACUGAUGCAUUCAUUCCUAGCUCAUUAAUAAUAUGUUAGUUUGAAUGCAAUGUGGAACCUGUGAAAAGGUAGUAAAGAAAAUGUGUUGAAGCCCGGCAUUAAAAAUACUCUUCAACAAAUAAUCCCUUUUGAAUGCCAGCGGGUUGAAGAAGGCAUUACUACUGAGUUUGGCACUUAAAUGAAAGUAAUUAGCAAUGUGUUCACCUUUUUGAAUAGAUCAUGGCCACGCCAUUUUAUGAGCACUUUAUUUUUUCUGACUGUCCUUGAACUUUGGCCAGCGCACAAAAUAUUACCGUGCUGUUUUUUUGUGUCAUGGGAGAAGCUAGCAAUGUUCCAUUUCCUGAUUAUUAUUAUUAUUAUUAUUUUAUUAUUUAUAUAGCGCCAUCAGAUUCUGUAGCGCUGUACAAUGGGUGGACUAACAGAAAUGUAAUUGUAACCAGACAACUGGACGUACAGGAACAGAGAGGUGGAGGGCCCUGCUCAAUGAGCUUACAUUCUAGAGGGAGUUGUUAUAAAAUGGUGGACGGUGCCCUGUUGGGGUCUGACAGAGCAUCUCUAUAGCUCUUUCUGCAUAGCUAGAACAGGACAGGCAUCACCUGCUGAGCUAUUCAUAAUUAUAAAUAAUAUGGCCAUGAGAGGAAACAACAAUACUAAUUUCACUCUCUUUAACAUUUCAAAAACACAUUCAUUUAAAUGUUUUCAAAAAACACAAUAGGUAAUUGUAACGGAUCCCCUGUACUCCUGUUGAGUAAAUCCGUUAUGAAUCUCCCGAGUCCCAAGCGCAGCAGUGAUUAUAGCCUAAGUUCCCCAAACAACAGCCUAGACUUGAUGAAGGGUAAAACUAAUCUGUUUAAUCGGGGGUCAAUAGCCUAGUUUUAUACAAUACAGGCACACAGUAAACACACCCAUGACACUCCCACAACACACCCAUAACCAUGCCUACAACAUGUCCCCAAAAUGCCAUAAGCAAUGACUAAGCAUAAAACAACAAAAUAUGAAAAGCACACAAAAAUAUAUAUUUCCCACAUAGGAACAUCCCCAGGUAGCAUUGAUCUGAAUGCCCAACAUAUCUGAAAAGCGCUCUGAUCCCACGAACACAGCCGAAAUGCCACUGUGGCUGCACACAUGAUCCUGUGCCCAAAACAUGCGUUUUGUCCUUUUGCCGGUCAACUUCAGGAGUUCCAUGCGAAUGAAAUACUGAACGCACACUCUAGCUUCUUAGUAGCGUUUGUUUGUAUGAACCAUAUGAACAAACCUACCGAAUGGUGCUCACCUGACGUGUGUGGGGAAGGAGCAGGUGUUCGCCCAAGUUCAGCGGUGUUUGGGAGUUUCAGUGUCCCACGAACCAAGUCUUUUAAUAGCCUUUUAACAUGGCCCAUAGUCAGUGGGCAGGAAGCUAGCCUCAACACUCCUCAAGGAGCCAGUGGCGAAUGCUCAGGCAAAGGGGCGUUCAUCACAAUAAUGUAAUGCCAAGGGGAAUGCAUCCUUCUUUGACACAUUCUCUACUCAAGUGAUUUUUCUCAUGUCCACAAUGCCUUGCCCAAACCUAAUGUGUGUUUUUUUAUGCAACUUUUUUUAUCCUUAGUUUUUGUCAAAUAUGUUUUAAGUUGUUUGACAGAGAACAAGACUAUUCCAGUUCUUACUUGGCUGCCCGCUACCUAAUGUCAAAGUAAAUUCCUGUAUUGGUUUGUCCAACAUUGAGUGGUAAGGAGAGAGCUGGGGGCACAUUAAUUGAAGUAGAUGGGGUGCUUUGAGGGCCCCUUUAACAAAUAACUGCAUUUCAUAUGAGUCUAAAACGUUUAUAAAUUUUGUUUUUGUUUUUGUAAUUUCCUGGAGUUUUAUAUUAAUAUGCUAAGAUAAAUGAACUUUAAAUUUCAGAACAUGCAAUAAUACAUUUGAGCUCAUUAAAGGAUUAUAUAAAGGAAUUCAGAAUCUGUCCUUUGUAUCUUUUUGCAGAGCUCCUUCGUGUUGUAUUCUUGUAACCCGCCUGUGUACUAGUAUAAUUAGCAUGAUGUUAUAUGCACUGUCUCCGUGGGAGGCCUUUUAAUUUUACAAAGUAGACUUGAUGUCAAAUAGCAGAUAUCAGAUUUACAAAGUGCGUUCUUCUUAACCCCUUAAGGACCAAACUUAUGGAAUAAAAGGGAAUCAUGACAUGUCACACAUGUCCUGUGUCCUUAAGGGGUUAAUGGAACACUAUAUUGUUAGGAAUACGAACAUGUAUUUCUAACACUAUAGUUUUGGACUAUCUAUUAGGGUCCCCGGCCCCCACAGAACAGAGAAUACAAUUAUUUAAACUUACCUUUCCCACAUCACUGUGCUGGUCUCACCACGCUGGCCUCACAACAGCUGGAUUGAGAUCAUCAAUCUUGCUGAUCUCAGCCAUUUAAUGCCUUCCCAUAGGAAAGUAUUGGGAGGCUAUUAAGCAUGUGCCGCAAAUGCCACGCUUCACCAAUCAGCAUCUCCUUGAAACCAUACAUCACUAUGGGGAACAUUAAUUGUAGGUUAGGAAGCACCUCUAGUGGCCAUCUGAAUUACUGCCACUAGAGGUGUUGCUAAGCUGCAGUGUAAAUACUGCCAUUUCUGUCAAAAUUCCACCACAUUAAGCUGUAUGCUGUAGUCGUUCCAGUGACUAUAGUGUUCCUUUAACUUCCAGCAACCUAACAAGAGUUAAAGGGACACUAUAGUCACCAGAACAACUGCAGCUUAAUGUAGUUGUUCUCAUGUCUACAGCCUAUUCCUGUAGGCUUUUUAAAGUUCUCCAUAGAGAUGCAUUGAUGUAAUAAAUCUAUAUGAGGAAAUGCUGUUUGUCACAGCACAGAAUUUUUCCGCGAAUAGCCUCACAAUGCUUUCCUAAGGGAAAGCAUUAGAUUGGCUGAGAUUAUCAUAUUUGAUGAUCUAAGUCACAGUUCUGGAGCAAGGCAGGGCCAGCCACAGCGACUCGCUUGAAAAAUGGUGGGUAAAAACACUUUUUUUUUUAAUGUAAAAAAGUGGCAGGUAACUAAAUAAUGAUUUUACCAGUAUAGUAUCAGGAAUACAUGUUUGUGUUCCUGACACUACAGUGUUCCUUUAACCCCUUAAGGAUGGCGUUCUAUGCCGUCCGUUUUAGGGUGGCUCUAAAUGCUAGAAUGUCCACACCGUCCUUAUUACUUUCCCGAUCGCCAUCGUUCCCCCGCCAACGAUUAGCGUUUAUCCUGGUCUGGGGGGACUGUCUGACAGCCCAGACUAUCCCCCCUCAGCAACUGAGGCCCUCGCUGGCUAUGUAAUCGCUCUGAAAGAGCGGUCACAUUGCCGCAAUAGGCGUCCAUAGUGCUGCCUGCAGGGGGACUGCUUAAACUGACAGGCAACAAACAAUGCAAAUAGUUGUGUAGGCGCUUCAGAUAUAAUAUAUGUUAAAAUGUAAUUGGAUAGUGAGUGUGAUAAAAUAAGUGUAAUCCCUUAUCACCUUAAAUCAAGAAGUAAAAAUUAAAAGUAGAUCACACACACACACACACACACAGUGCAUAUAAUAUAUCAUUUUACUACCUAUUGUAGAUAUCCACAAUACUUUUCACACCGUGAAAACAAAAACAAAAAUCCAAAGUUUAAAAUAUGUAGAUUGCACUCACAAAGGUGGAGGCAAAUCAGGCUCAAUGCAUGUAGCCCUUGAGUGCCUAUACAGGCUUACGAUUAGCCCCAGUCAGGAACACGAAGUCCAGAAAAAUGGGUGUAUGAAUAUCAUUUUAUUUAAACAAGUAAUAUUAAAAAUACGGGACAAGGUUAAGGCAGGUAUAAUGCAAGAAUAAAGAUAAAUACACCGCAAACAUGGCCAAAGAAAAAGCAGCGCACAUAAAGAAAUAAGCAUAAAAACACUGCCACACAGAGUGCCCAAAUAAAUCCAGUCCACAGCAAACGCGUUGCAGCCCUAGAUAGGGCCUUCCUGGUCUGUUCUCAAGGUUUAAAUACCUCUCUUGAUGUGGAUAACUUGCUCUGGCUGGAGUCAAUUUCCAAUUUCGUCUAUAUUUCACAAUCUACAUAUUUAUAUAUAUAUUAUAAAAUAUGAAUAAUAAGUAAAUAAAAAUAAAUUUAAAAAUGUAAAAAUAAUAAAAAAAUAUAUAGUGUUUGUGACUAAGUGGCUACUGAAACUGGCUGGACAUACCCCAUAUUUAAUACCCUGGGUUGUCUACUUUUCCAAAUGGUAUGCCAUGAUGGGUGUAAUUCUCAUUCCUGGGCUACCAAAGGCAACAUAACCAGUCUGGUAAAUUUCAAUGUGUAUAAACUGAAAAAUGAAACAUACUAUAUAUGACCCUGUAACUUUCCAAAACAUCAUAAAACCUGACAUUCACAGUUAAAAUGCCAUGCAGAUCUAAAAAUUAUUUUUUUAAAUCUUUAUUUCUCACACUUUUUAAAAAUUUUAUUCAUAAUGAAUUAUGUUUCGUAUAUGAAUAGUUCAUGUGAAGUGAAAGCCCUGUUUCUCCUGAACAAAAUGACAUUUAAUAAGUGUGGGUGCAAUUAAUCUGAAAAAAGUAAAUUACGGUUGAACAGACACAUAGUGCAAAUUCCAGUUUUUGUUUACGUUUUGUUUUGAUCACAACGUGUACAACUGGCUCAGUACUUAAGCGGUUAAAAAGCGGUUAAUUAACUUACUAUUUUUUUUAUAAUUAUAUAUAUAUAUAUAUAUAUAUAUAAAUGUAUGUAGAGGAACAAGCAAUAGAAGUAUAGCGAAUUCUGUUAGCAGCGUCUACAGCUAUUGCAGCUUUUACAAAAUAAAAAAUUUUCUUACAUUUUAUUCAUAUUGGAGAACACCUGGGCAGUGUUACAUGCUUGGCAUUGUUUAUUUUAUAUAAAACAGGGAAACAGUGGUAACCUCCCUUCCCUGCUGUAUGUGCACCUACUGAAUCCUUGUCUAAUUUUUUGUGACAUGUGUAUAAACACAUGGGGGCAUGACCUACUGUUUCUUGUGUUGAUGGUACAGUGCUGUCAUAUCAACAUUUGUCACAGAAAGCAGUAACAUUUACUACUCCGGCUAUAGCUCUGCAUGUUUUCAGAAAUGACUUAACCCCUUCCCGACCGAGGACGGUUCAGGACCGUCAUCGGGAUUUUCCCAUUGCGGACCGAUGACGGUCCUGAACCGUCCUAACGGUUUCCGUUACUUACCUGAUCGCCGUCGUUCCCCCGGCGGCGAUCAGCGUUGCUCCGGUUGUGGGGAGACUGCCUGCAGCCCAGACAGUCUCCCCACACUGAUUUAGGACCCCUGUGGCCAUGUGAUCGCUUAACACAGCGAUCACAUGGUCACAAUAGGUGUCCAUGUGUCUGCCUGCAGGGGGACUGCCUGUACUGACAGGCAGUCUCCCUGCUAGUGUAAAAUCAAAAAAUAAAUUAAAGUUAAUGGUAAUAAAAAAAAUAAUAAUAAUUAUAUAUGUGUAUAUAUGAUAUAUAGACAUAUAUUAUAUCUAUAUAAUAUAUGUCUAUAUAUCAUAUAUAUAUAAUGCCAUACUAAGUGUAUUUUUAUAUUAAUAUGUACUUAUAUUAGUAUAAAAAUACACUUAUAAUUAAAUUACACACGUAUAUAUAUAAUAUAUAUAAUAACUAUAUAGAUUGUAUAUAUAUAUUAUUAUAAAAUAUAAAUAAUAAGUAAUUUAAAUUAAAUAAAUUUUUUAAAAAAUAAUAAUAAAAAAAUUUAAAAAAAUUAUAUAGCUAUAUGAAAUUUUAUUCUAACUGUAUUUUAAAAUUAAUAUAUAUAUAUUUAUAUCAAAAUACACUUAGAAUGAAUUUGUAUAUAUAUCUAUAUAUAUAAAAAUAAAUAAAAAUAAUACGAAAUAUACAUGUGUCCAUAUACAAAAUUACAUAAAUAAUUAUAUAAAUAUACACGUAGACUUCAAAUAUAUAAAUAUGCAUAUAUAUUUAAAUUCUAUGUGCGUAUUUAUGUAAUAUUUUUACAUAAUUCAGUAAUUUUAUUGAUUGCAAUUUGAGGGACCUGCCUGCCAACCCAGGCCGAAAUUCCAGAGAAUUUAAUUUGCUAGCACUGUAUUUUACCCUGUAACGUUCUACGACACCCUAAAACCUGUACAUGGGGGGUACUGUUUUACUCGGGAGACUUCGCUGAACACAAAUAUUAGUGAUUCAAAACAGUAAAACAUAUCACAGCGAUGAUAUUGUCAGUGAAAGUGACUUUUUUUGCAUUUUUCACACACAAACAGCACUUUUACUGAUGAUAUAAUUGUUGUGAUACGUUUUCCAGUUUUUAAACACUAAUAUAUGUGUUCAGCGAUGUCUCCCGAGUAAAACAGUACCCCCCAUGUACAGGUUUUAUAGCAUUUUUGAAAGUUACAAGGUCAAAUACAUGGGUCAAAUAUUUUUACAUUGAAAAUGGCCAGGUUGGUUACGUUGCCUUUGAGAGCGUAUGGUAGCCCAGGAAUGAGAAUUACCCCCAUGAUGGCAUACCAUUUGCAAAAGAAGACAACCCAAGGUAUUGCAAAUGGGGUAUGUCCAGUCUUUUUUAGUAACCACUUGGUCACAAACACUGGCCAAAAUUAGCGUUCAAUUUAGUUUUUUUACUUUUUUCACACACAAACAAAUAUGAAUGCUUACAUUGGCCAGUGUUUUCGACUAAGUGGCUACUAAAAAAGACUGGACAUACCCCAUAUUGAAUACCCUGGGUUGUCUACUUUAAAAAAAAUAUGUACAUGUGGGGUGUUAUUCAGAGAUUUAUGACAGAUAAUAGUGUUACAAUGUCACUAUUGAUAAAUUUUAAAAAUGCAUGUUUUGAAACCGCAAUAUCCUACUUGUACCUAUAGCCCUAUAACAUGCAAAAAAAAGCAAAAAAGCUCGUAAACACUGGGUAUUUUUAAACUCAGGACAAAAUUUUGAAUCUAUUUAGCAGUUUUUUUCAUUCGCUUUUGUAGAUGAGUAAAAGAUUUUUCAAGUAAAAGUCAAAAAACAUGUAUUUUUUUCAAUUUUUCAUCAUAUUUUUUUAUUUUUUUUAAAUUAAAAUACAUGAGAUUAUAUAAAUAAUGGUAUGUAAAGAAAGCCCCUUUUGUCCUGAAAAAAACAAUAUAUAAUUUGUAUGGGAACAGUAAAUGAGAGAGCGGAAAAUUACAGCCAAACACAAACACCAGAAAAGUGUAAAAAUAUUCCUGGUCGCAAAUGUACAACAUCGCAAAAACAGUCCAGUCCUUAAGGGGUUAAAAUGAUAAACCCCACCAUUGUAUUGACAUAACAGUUACAGAACCCAACAGCCAGUAUUAUGGAUAGUUUGAAAUGUUCUGGAAAAUAUUUUAUAGACAAUUCCAAAAAUAAUACAAACCUUGAAUAUUUAUAAACAAUAAUAUAAUGAAUAUAUUUGCAUUUUAUUUUUAUUUUAAUUUAUUUAUUUUAAUUUAUUAGUAUUUUUAUUAUUUAUUAGUCAUGCUUUUUUAGGUGACAGUUCAACUAAUAAAGUCAUUACAGUCAUUACUAUUAGACUUAACUUAGGCAGGGCCAGAUGAAGAGCCCAUUGGGCCUGGUGCUGACAAUUAUGUUGGCCUAAUUACAGAAUCUUAUCGAUAGAAAACACUAAAACAGUUAUACCUCCCAAGGGUCAUGUAUUUGAUGGAGAUGGUGCUGGUCCACUCCUCUCCUAAGCUUCUUACUAGCAGGCAGAAGCUCCUGUUAUACAGUCUGGGACAGAGAAAAAGUGUUUGUAGUCAGUGCAGCGGAAAGGGGACAUGCCACAGUGUUAGGGAGACUGAGGCAGCAAGAGCAUUUGUAUAGUGUGCAAAGUCAGCUUUACCCUAACUAAUUUCAUAGUGAGCCAGUCCACACCAGUUUGUCCCUUUACAUCCCUCUUAACUUUCCAUACUUAACCAAGAGCACUUUAUUAUUGAGAAUUCUACUUGAAUAUAUAUGUUAACUUAUCUACGUGUCAUUAUACAUAAAUAAAAAAAUGUAAUAUUGAAAAAAGAAUUAUUUUUUUAAAAGCCUUUCAUUGUGGCUCUGCCCUGUCGACUGAGUCUUGUGAAGCCUGCCUAUUACCUCUAAAGAUGCAUUUGGCAGCAGCUGAUCCCUGCUGUUUUUACAACUGAAGGACGGAAUAGGCAGUUGAUGACCCACUCACCCUUUCUCCCUUGGAAGAACAAAACUUUCCUACACAUCCAGUUUGUAGUGUGAUUGACCUUCUUUCCAUUUGGGAAAAAACACUGCACUACUAUCAAGUUCGGCCAGCUGUGUCCACUUAGGAUACAGGCACUGCAAGACUCGGAAAGGUAAAACCACCACAAUGAAAGACAUUUUAAAAAGGGGGGAGGGGGGGCAGGGGUAAUUAAUUAGAAAACAGGGGAUUUUCUUUCAAAACGAUGACCCAAUCACCCGUUCCAUCCUUUCAUGUUUUGAAAAAUCCCCCUUGUUUCCAUUAAAUGGCUCCUGCUGCUGCUAGGUCACAGUUUUUGUUUUUUUAACUGAAGGAUGGUCACUGGCACUGCAUACUGGAUGUGGGGUGAAGUUUUGUUCUUGUCAAGGUGGAAGAGGUGAGUGGGUAGCUAUUGCUCACCGAUUAUUUUCCUUCCAUAUUUGUAUAUAAAAGGACAAAAUAUUACAAUCAUUCUAAAACAAAAUUCUCUCAUUUACUAUUUGAUGCAAUGAUCCAACUUUGCGUACUCAGAAUUGUCAUUGUAAACAUGGUGAUAUUGCGUAGCGAUUAGGCCAGUCAAUGUUAUAGUUAUUUCUGCAUGCUGCAUAGUCAUAGUCCCCUUUUUUUCUGUUCCGGUUGUCCAAGUGACUUUCAGGAAUAUUUCAUUACUAAAAUUCGUCCGAAAUUAACAACAACAUGAACUAAGCUCAGUCCACUAAAAAACAAAAAACAAAUCUGCUGAUGCGUUUCAGAAGAACUGAUGUUUUUUCACCUGCCCAAGUCUAGUGGUUUUUGGUAAAAUAUCUAAGACAACACUAACAAAAAUAUAAAUAUUUAUUUUUGUAACAUAAAACUGCAUAGUGAAGAGUGAAGUGAUAUAAAUCUUUUGAAAAAGUGAAAAUAAUGUACUAGAUUUCGAUUUCAUAACAGCAUUUGAUACUUACUAUGUGCUAUUAUAUGUAUGUACUAAAAUCAUUUUUAUAUUAUUUUUCAGGGGCGUUCAUUUAUAAAUGGGCAUCUGACGCAUUCCCAUGACCUACCCCUGGAUUCUCACUUAAAUGAGCAGUCUCGAAAAGCUAAAUCAACGUCAACCAUUCAACUGGUAACAUUUUUUGUUGAGUGCGGUUAAUUUAAUAUUAUCUUUAUUUUAACAAUAUUUUGAUUUUGAACAGACAGGAUAAAAUCAUAAUUUAAUUAUCUUAAUAUGAUGCAUGCUGCAUUGUAAAAAAAAAAUAAUAAUGGGGAAAAAAAUUACAUUUUUGUCUUUAAUAUAUGUUAUUGAGGAAAAAAGAUGAAAGAAACAUUGUAAUAAGCAGACUAAAAGUAUGCAAGCAAGAAAUACUAGCACAAAUUAAACCACAUACUCCAUUUCCUCAGGAUUUGAUGUUUAAGAAAGGGAUGAACCAUUCUCUUUAAUAUUUUUAUUAGUGAUAUUGCAGAAGGUCUUGAUGGUAAGGUAUGUCUUUUUGCUGAUGAUACUAAGAUAUGUAACAGGGAUGAUGUUCCAGGAGGGAAAAGCCAAAUGGCAAAUGAUUUAGGUAAACUAGAAAAAUGGUCAGAAUUGUGGCAACUGACAUUUAAUGUGGAUAAGUGCAAGAUAAUGCAUCUUGGAUGUAAAAACCCAAGGGCAGAGUAUGGAAUAUUUGAUACACUACUAGCCUCAACAUCUGAUGAAAGGGAUUUAGGGGUGAUUAUUUCUGAUGACUUAAAGGUAGGCAGACAAUGUAAUAGAGCAGCAGGAAAUGCUAGCAGAAUGCUUGGUUGUAUAGGGAGAGGUAUGAGCAGUAGAAAGAGGGAAGUGCUCAUGCCAUUGUACAGAACACUGGUGAGACCUCACUUGGAGUAUUGUACACAGUACUGGAGACCGUAUCUUCAGAAGGAUAUUGAUACCUUAGAGAGGGUUCAGAGAAGGGCUACUAAACUGGUUCAUGGAUUGCGGGAUAAAACUUACCAGGAAAGGUUAAAGGAUCUUAACAUGUAUAGCUUGGAGGAAAGACGAGACGGGGGAUAUGAUAGAAACAUUUAAAUACAUCAACAUAAUAAAGGAGAAGACUAUAAUUAAAAGAAGAAAAACUACCACAACAAGAGGACAUAGUCUUAAAUUAGAGGUUUAAAAAUAUCAGAAAGUAUUACUUUACUGAGAGGGUAGUGGAUGCAUGGAAUAGCCUUCCAGCUGAAGUGGUAGAGGUUAACACAGUAAAGGAGUUUAAGCAUGCGUGGGAUAGGCAUAAGGGUAUCAUAACUAUAAGAUAAGGAUAGGGAUUAAUGAAAGUAUUUAGAAAAUUGGGCAGACUAGAUGGGCCAAAUGGUUCUUAUCUGCCGUCACAUUCUAUGUUUCCAUGUUUCUAUGAUACAUGUAUAGUGGGAUAGAUAGAGUAACAGACAAAAAUAGAUAGAAACGGUGAGGAAAAGAAGCAAACAUCAGUGCAGAUACAGAAAGGGGAAAAUGAAACAAAUAGUGAAUGAGGAACACAAAAGAGAGAAAGUGGCAAUGAGAGAAGGGGGAAAUACAUGGGCACCAGCCCCUUGCAAACACAGCUUAGCGGAGCCUCAAAACCAUGCAUGUCUUGAGACACAGGAGGAGAGGAGGGUUGAAAAGAGGACAAUAUUCAUUAGAGCUAAGAGACAUUUGGGUUGUAGGAGAUUACUAAGAAGUUUUUUUUUUUUUAAUUCUUUAUUUUUGUGUGCUUGAGUUUAACAAACAUUGUCUCCAAUGCCACAACAGCAUUGGAAAGAAAGAUUAAUGAAGCUAGACAUUUCACUUACAUGGCAUUUCAAUACACAGCACAACAUUUUUUUUAUUUUUUUUUUGGUACAGACUAUGCAUUAAAUGUCUGGCAUAUUUGAGGGAGAAAUACUGGGCUAUGCAAAGUCGUACACAUAGUGAGAAGUAAGUCAGAGUGGGGUGUAAAGCAUGCUUAAAGUCGUGUGUAGCUAGUCUCCAGGUAUGCAGUGGUAGUGUAAAAUGACCGUAGGUAUGCCAAUUAAUUUGAGUGCAGCUAGGGGCUACUGGCUGAGCAGUGGUAAUCAGUAUUAUUUGUGAGUGGGGAUCAGUAUUAUUUGUGAGCGUCUCGCAUCCCUUGGUCGAUAACACCACAGAGCACAACCUGAGACUGGAGUAGCUAUGAUGUGAAUGAGGAUUACCAAAAGUGCAAACGAUAUGAUAUAGUAUUUUUUCACGUUGACAGUAGUAAGUUGCGGGUCGCCUUAUUUAUCCCCAGCAUGGUCCCUGAGUUAUCUGUUUUUUAAUCUGUAUAGAACAAGUGCACUUUUAGUCGCGUCUCAAGAUUCGGGCCUUCCUGUCUACGGUCGUCUAGGUGUGAGCCCUUGUAAGGGGGUUCAUAGUCGGUUGUUGGGGGCCUGUCUGGUUGCAACUGGGCCUAAGUGAUCCUUUUAUUAGCUUGUUAUGCUGUCAUGUUUUGUUCUAUUCUCAUAAAUGAAAUUCCUACACCUAUAGCAAUGCUAGGAGAGAUAUUUAUAGAGUGUCUAUUAGUGAAGUUAGUGUGUGCUUUCGUGGGUAGGGUAUGCUAUGUCCCUAACCCUAGGGGACAUCGGGGGUGGGGGGGGAGGUGAGUGUAGUCUAGUCGAUGGCGAGCAGUCAUGAGCUAGAUCGUCUCUAGGAGGACGACUGCCUAGGUGUACAGAUAUCUCUGGGGUUUCAGUCAGAUCAGAAUAUGAAAGUUUUAGUUACCGGGCAAAGACAACUUUGAAAACAUAUUACAAAAUGUGAAACAAUAAAACUAUAGUGCUGCAACUUAAGAGGAGGUGGAACUUUAUGUCACGUCACCCUGCCCAUUCCGUGGGGUGAACGGGAUAAUGUUAUCCAAGUCCCAAGUCCCGUUAGCGUACCUGGCUCUCUGCUUUUGUGGGGCGUCAUUGAUGCCCACUGCUGCUAGGAAAGUGGCGGCUUCCGUCACAUCGGUUGCCUUCAGCUGUGUGCCGUUUUUGUAUACCGUAAGGGACCUGGGCGUUGACCAUCGGUAUAAUAUGCCCGCUUCUUGUAGUUUUCGCGUGAUGGGUUGCAUCGUUUUCCGCCAUGUUAGCGUGGAACGGUGGAGAUCCUGGAAAAGCGAGAUCUUGUGAAUCUCAAAGUCCACAGGUGUCUUGUUAAAUGUUGCUUUCAGUAGGGCCUGCUUGUCUUGUCUCGUACCACAGUAUAGGAUUAUGUCUCUUGGAGCUGUGUUUGCUCGGGGCUGUGUUCAGCGCCCUGGGGGACCUGGCUAUGUGGUAGGCCCCAUCGUGCGUGAAUUGUUUGGCCUGUUUCACCAGGAGUAGUUUGAACACCAUUCUCCUUAUGAGGUGUGGUAUUUCUUCGGGGCUGACUGUUUCUGCAACCCCUCGUAUCUUGAUAUUUUUCUGGCGUGCUCUUUCGUCCAUGGUGUCUAUUCUCAGCGAGGUUUCCGUGAGGGACCCCUGUAACUGUUUGACUGUGUCUGUUAAUGCCGUUAGCUGAUGUUGUAGGUCAGCCACAGUGGAGUCCGUUGCCUGGGCAUGAGCAGUUACCGCUUGCACUUCUGUGCGCACCGCGGCUAUAUCUGUCGCAAAUAGUUGUUGGAUGCGUUUAAAAAGGUUGUCGAUGUCCUGCUUAGUCGCAGGGCCCUGACUAGUCGGGGUUUGCGUUGUCUGGAGCCCUGUUGGUGGUGGCUCCUGUAUGGUGUCACUCACCCCUCCUGUCUCUUUAAGAUCCUUGGCCCCCGUUUCAGUCAGCUCCUGCUCCCUGGGCUUUGGUGUGCGUUGUAGCAGCAAGCCUAUGUCCUGCAUGUCUUGUGAGGCGGCCGCUUGGGAUUUGUGGGAUUUUUUUCCCCAUUGAUUCUGACCUUUGAGCCUGUGUCUGUAGGGGGUCUGGUGUGAGCCAGUCCAAGUCCCACCAUGCCGCCGAUGUGUGCAGUGUGAUUUUCAGGCCGACCGCGUGGGAGGCCUUGGGUGGUCGGCGUUUUUGUUUGGCGCCCAUUUGCUGAAGAACAGGCAUCGGUGUGUGCCUCUCACUCUCCUGCAGUCGAUGGUAUUGUGCAGGUAAGGCGUGUGCCAGUGGUUUUGGGAUAAAUCCCUGGUUUUUAGUUUUUAGGUCGAGGAGCCCCAGAGAUGGCGUCUGUGCUGGUCGCCGGUCAAGCUCCGCCCCCCAAGAAGUUUUUUUAAACCUCAACCCAGAAUGACAUACCCCACCACAUAUGGAGAUGUGUUCCCCUUCUGCUGCAGCUCUCGGCUUCUUUUUAUAAACAAUUUAGAAUAAAAAUCACAAAUGACCUAAAACAUGGAAUAUAAAACAUAACGAAUCAAUAAUUAAAUAAGAUGUGAAGUGUAUAGUAUAAUCUAUUGCUGUGUGAUACUUUUGUGUAAUGUAGCAUGAACAUGCUGUUCUUUUUUCAUUAAAUCUGUUGUUUUUAAACAUUUGUUUUUUGCAGAAGAGCAUAUAAUUAUUUGGGUAAAACAAUGUUAUUCUGCCUUUUUCAGAGAACUCCUGAAGACUGUGAACCUUCAGAGGGUAUUAUACCCGAUAUUCCACCAGUCAGUCUAAGAGGGAGAAAAAAGCGUAAGUACUCUCGAAAUUACAUUAGAGAAAGUACUCUGUAACCGCUGGUUUUUUAUCUCUAAAUUAUUCAUCUAUGCAGGUAGUAAAUUAUUUUUUAAUGUUACUGAGAAGCACUGUUUGAAGAAAUAUAUAUAUAUUUAAAAUAUUAAAAAAAUAUGGGUUUUUUUUGUUUUGUUUUAUUUAAUAGUUAAGGGGCUCAUCCCAUAUGUCAAAUUAGAUGGAACAAAGCUCUCUAUUGUGACUACUUAUUGUUAUCUCAUGGUCUGCAUUGUCCCCAAUGCCAUAACCGACAGUAAGUGGAUUUCACAUAUGGCAUGCCCUCAGUUUUUGGAACACUAUGCAAAAGAGAACUUUGCUACAUGUUGUACAGAUCUUUAAACAUGUGCAAUUCUCUUGGGAGAGAGAUUGAGACAUCACAGAAUGUACGCUCAUUUAAAAAAAAAUUUUUUUUAGCAUUGUCUACUGCACCUUCCAGGACACACUGAAUAGUUUACGAUUCAUCUAAAAAAAGUUACAUUAAAUACAGGUGAAGACCAUGAUGUGUUCGUAAUAGCCUAUUAGUGAGUAAACUGUUUUUUGUAUCUUUAAGACAAAGGUAUAAGUUUGCUGGCAAUAAUGAUUCUGGUGGGAGACAGCCUUCAUAACUUUGCUGAUGGGAUGGUGAUUGGAUCUGCCUACUCUUCUUCAACUGAAACUGGCGUAGCAACUACUAUUGCAAUUUUGUGUCAUGAGAUUCCCCAUGAAAUGGGUAUGUUGUAUAAUCCAAGACUCGUGCAAGCAUCAAGCACGAAAGAACUGAUACCAUUUUAUCAUAUGAUGACAACAAUUGUUAUCAUCCAUCUUUAGCUAAAAAUGUCUUUUUCUGGCUUUGACUGACGGCCAACCUCAGAGAUAAUUUUUAGCAUUUAUACUUUGUCAAUACUGUGUUGCAAUGCCUUGUUCAGAAUUUUUAAACUUUUCUAAACCACGAACAGACAUUAUAUAUAUAUAUAUAUAUAUAUAUAUAUAUAUAUAUAUAUAUAUAUAUAUAUAUAUAUAUAUUGGUAUAUAUAUAUAUAUAUAUAUAUCACAAUAGACAUUCUGUUUCUCACCAAUAAAAUAAUUAUAAAUUCAGUUGCAUCAACACACAUUUAAAAUAUAAAUGUAAUUGUAAUUAAAAACUAACAAAAGCAACCUUACUCUUCCACAUUAAAUAUGUUUAGAUUAUCAUUAUUAUUUUGAUGAUAUCUAAAAGUUAAUUGGCCCACCUAUCUAAUAGCUGUGCGUAGACAAAAGGCAUGAUUUCAACCUGCUGAAAUUACAUCUAUAAUGAAGAAUGAGAAAACUCUGUGGGAUGCUGCAUCUUGGAAAUCAUAUGUUAAAUAAUAUUGAAGAGUUUAAUAACAUAGGUGAUUGUAGAGAUAAGCCAUUAUGGCCGACAAUGAGAUAACGGAUGAAUAUCUAGAUCCUUAUUCCAUUCCACAUGUUUAUGGGUGAUUAGGCACUUAGGACACUUAGAUAGUUGGUGUUUAGUAGAGAUGUGCAAAAGUUUUGUUUUUUUCCUGUUUAUCAUGAUAAUUUAGAUUUUUGGUUUGGCCAAAAUUUAAUUGAAUAUCGAUUCAAACCAAAAUUUGUUCUUUAAUUUUUUUGAGUUUUGGUAGUGUAUUAAUGCCUAUAGGAUGAAUAAAGCCAAAAGGUGGAACUCACAACAAUUAUUCAUGCACUCUGAAGAACAGCAGCCGAUCAAGGAAUUGACAAAUUAUACCGAAUUAAAUUUGUUUGCAGCCAAUUCGUUCAUUCUGCCAUUAGUUAUCGACCCGUAUUUGUUUUCGGACUAAAUUGACAUAGCCAAAUUUUCAGUAAUUUUUCGAUUUAUCCAAAAACAAAUGCACAUGACUAGUGCAAAGUGACUGGUGACACUUGGGUGGUUAAUAGAAAUGUGUUAAACAGAUUUAUGCCAUUCAGUGUGUAAAUGAGUCAGUGUUGGGGUACAUUUCACAUAUGACAUAAAUGGGUAGAAAUUUCGUUUUAUUUAACUUUUUCAUCUGAUCUGCCUCUUCUGUUCUCUUGUUUAGCUGCAUACAUGAUUGGAUAACCUUCUUUUUUUUUCCAGGUGAUUUUGCAGUUUUAUUGAAUACAGGGCUGUCUGCCAAGAUUGCCUUCUUAAUGAACUUUAUAAGUGCACUGACAGCUUUUGCGGGUCUCUAUAUAGGCCUGUCUGUUUCAACCAAUCCAAAUGUCCAAAUCUGGAUAUUCGCUAUCACUGCUGGGAUGUUCUUGUACCUUUCUCUAGUUGAAAUGGUAAGUGUCGAUAAAAAGGUUACAUAUACAGGCUAUAAAAAAAUAAUUUAUUAUUAAUUCUUUCAGUUUCUGAGGGGGUAAUGCACUGAGAACAUUUACUGAUUUAGUACAUAUAAUUUAUGUAAAAUUCAGGGGAAAAAAUUGUUCAAAGUAUUGGGAGACAAACAUUAAGGGGUAUUCCCACAAUGUAUAACCUUUCAGACUACACAAGACUGAAUUGACUUAAAUUGGCACAGAAUGGCUGCCUUUGUGAAAUGGACCCCAAGACAGGGUCAACUUGUUCAAUUACCAGGGCAAUUUCAAGUCAACGUUUAGCAUUUUACCUUCUUUUUGUAGUUCCCCCGCCAUCUUUAAACUUCAAUAGCUGCCUCUGGUGUCAUGUACAUCCCAAAAAUCCAAAUUGCUAAAUUUACACUAAAAUAGCCAAGAUGUGACCAUCUCCAAGCUGGAGAAUCCUUACAAAUUAAAUCAGCCAUCGCAGUUUGAAAAUAUAAUAAGAAAACCGUUUCUGUUGCAUUCAAGCCCGUUUUCAUCAUUACUUUAGUUUUAGCAUUAAACGGAAUGCAUUCAUAGUUAUCUUUCAUGUAAAAUUCAGAGAAUUUAGGGGAUUACUAAGAAGCCCAUCUAUCCUCUUCCAUUUUAUUUAGUCACUUUACCUCAAGCAUUAAAAAAAAGAGAUAAAACAUACCAAAUGUCACCUAAUUAGAAAUUAGAAUUAGAAAUUAUAUCCCUGUAUGUUAUGUUUUUGCAAGUAUUUAUCCAAUUGCAGUUUAAACAUCUGUAUAGACUCUGAUAAAACCACCUCUUCAGGCAGAGAAUUCCAUAUCCUUAUUGCUCUAAUUGUAAAAAAAACAAAACAUUUUCUUUGCCUUAGAUGAAAUCUCCUUUCUUCCAGCCUAAAUGUGUGACCUCGUGUCCUAUGUAUAGCCCUGUUUAUGAAUAGAUAUCCAGAUAAAAGUUUGUACUGGCCCCGAAUAUAUUUGUAUAAUGUUAUCAUAUCCCCUCUCAGGCGCCUUUUUUCCAAACUAAACAGAUUUAAAUUUGUUAACCUUUCUUUUUUUCAAUGUCUUAAUUUUUAUUGUUUUUGUGCGAUGUCGCACUGACAACAAGUAAAGGGGGUACAGAAAGGAAAAAGGGGAAGGGGUAACAAUGAGUUGACACAAUCUUCUGUUACAUUACAAAGCUUUAGCACAGUUGACAUCAUGCGAAGGAUGAUAUAUCUAACAACAAUUACAUUCCAAUAUGAGGUUACUGAUUAGGUCUAGAAUCUACCAAUUUCAAUGGAGGCUAACGUGAGUAUCGAGGGAGAACUUGGAGGGUUCGCCUGCCUGACCUGAUUAGCUCACGAAGCGGGAAGAGCACCCCUCCUCCCCUACCAGCUGAGGGCCCUCAACCUGGAACGCUGUGUGCACGUCUACUUGGGUAUUGGGUGGUCUGCGAGUGCUCUCAUCUAGAGUAUUUGUGUCACUGAACGAGGUGUCCCUCCCUCUACUCCUCAGUCCUCUAUUUACUGGAGCGUGUUGACACCAGCUUACCCAUAGUUUUGUGUGUUUGUCCACCUUGGAGCGCAGCCGGAAUGCGAGACGCUCAUGUUCGUAUGUCGUGUGGACUCUCUGUUUCACCUCUUGAAUGUUGGGGGGAUCUUGGUUUUUCCAUCUGCUAGCUAUACUAGUCUUGGCGGCUAACAGUAUGUGGUAGAUAACCACCUUGUGUGGCGAGACCAGUGUUCCUGCGUGAAUGUGUAAAAGAUAGCAUUCUGGGCGGAGCGGGAUGGAGUUCCCUGUAAUUUCUUGUAUUAAAUUACUAACCUGUUGCCAAAAUUGAGUAAGUAUCGUGCACUCCCAAAAGACAUGGAGUAAGGUGCCCACCUCGACUCCACAUCUCCAACAUUGUCGUGGAACAGUAGGAUAUAUUUGGGCCAGGCGGGAUGGGACUAGGUACCAUCUCAUCAGUAAUUUACUAAAGCUCUCCCAAUGUGAUAGGCUGUGCGAUGAGGCACGUGUGUUUUGGAUUACCUGUAACCACAUGGGUAGGGGGAAUGUGUUGUUUAGGUCUCGUUCCCAUUUUAACAUAUAGCCAUGUUUAGUGGUCCUAUCUACAAUUUGUUAACCUUUCUUCGUAACUAAAAUGCUCCAUUCUUUUUAUCAAUUUUGUAGCUCGUCUCUGCACUUUUUCUAGUGCCAUGAUAUCCUUCUUUAGAACAGGUGCCCAAAAAUACACAGAAACAAACGUAAUUUUAACUCCUAAAUGACAGUGAAUUAAAGAGUGAAACUUCAGAGGUAUGAUCUCUACACAAACACUGCUUAAUUAAGCUAAAGUUGUUUUGGUGUCCCUUUAAUAGGUGGAUAACUUUGUGAUUCAUCAGCUGUGGUUGUAAUAAGGUUGGUUUUUUUCAUGGUUCGAAGACUAAUCCCACCAACAAAACAUUAAUUUUAUAAAUUCACACCCAGCACAAGGCCAUCACAACAAGUCAACUCAGUUGGAAGAUAAUUAAGAUUUUCUUUUUUGAGAUAGGUUUUUUUUUUUAUGACAGAUUAAUAUGGAAAUACAUUAAGCAAUAUGUGUUUUGCUAAAAUGAAACCAGCACUAUGAGUCAUUCUUCCAAUGACAUUUAGACUCAGUUAGUCAAGGAUCUAAGUCGUGCAGGUUUGAAUCAAUGACAUAUUAUCCCAUCUGGAUUCAUAUGGCUCCUGAAGUUAAAGAAAUGAAAUCAUUAUGCAAUACAUCUGAUCAAUUUUACUUGUGAAUCUCUUUUAAAUGUUCAGAAUGUGUCAUUUUUAGAACAACCUCUUAAAGAAUCUGAAUAUACAUAAAUAAAAUCUGUUGCUAUAUGAAAAUUAUGGAUUAAAGUGUUGUAACUCAUUAGUGGCCACAAUAAGAUAAUUUGGGGUGAAUUUCUAUUAUGUAUGGAACUUCAGAUUUUUAACUCUUUUUUUUUUUUUUUUUUUUUUAAUCAAGUAUACCUGAAACAUUUACAGAAUUUCAAAUACCCCCUAUGAUAUGACCAAAACUUAGAGGGACACUAUAGGCACCCAGACCACUUCAGCUCAUUGAAGCUGUCUUGGUAUAGUGUCCCUAUUGCCCUUUAUCCUAAAGUGUAAAACGUUGCAGUUUUAGAAAAACUGCAAUUAUUACAUUGCAGCACAAAGACAGCCUUGAGUGGCUAUCUACCAGACAGUCACUAGAGGCACAUUCGGAUCUUACCAGUCUUAACGUCACUUAACUGACGCUGGAUAUCCUCACGCUCUGCAGUAGGACAUCCAGCAUCAGUUAAAUCCCCAAAGAAAAGCAUUGAGGCAAUGCUUUCCUAUGGGGAGGGUCUAAUGCACUCACCGCGCAUGCGCAUUAGCUCUACCCCUCGUGAGAUGACAUACGAGGAGGCGAAGCGCCGACUCAGCGAAGAGGGAGAUCGGCACUGGCAUCGGGUAAGUGAUUUAAAAUUGGUUUUAACCCUUUAUUGGCUGGGGUCUGCGAGGGAGAGGGGAGGCAAAAGGAACUAUAGUGAUAGGAAUACAGAUUUGUAUUCCUUACACUAUAUUAUCCCUUUAAACACCAUCAUUUUUAGACAAGCCAUAAGAAUUUAUUGAUUGUGGAAGCUUUUACAAAAUAGAUCAAGUUAUAGGUGAUUUACAGUUUUAUUCAAUUGUGUAAAUGCCAGAGAAAUUAUGGUUCCCUUGUAAUCCCAGAUAAUUUAUUAAGAAUUAACUCAGCAACAUUCCUGACACUGUAUUAUUGUUUGUACUAACAACAUUGUAUGUGAUCAGCUUCGCUCAAAUAAAUGAAUAAAAUAAUGGCUCAUAAUUAAGUUCUAGUGAAUGCUCAGCUAUAACAGCUGCUGUUAUAAACAGUUUAAGCCUUUCUUGCAAUCACUUAGGCUUUGCUGAUAACCAGUGCAACUAUGAAAUAUGGUAGGACUGUGGUAUACUAGAUCAAUGAACCAGAAGCCGCAGUAAGAUAAGGCUCUAGACAUGAAAUGAAGUGUGACUGAACUGAUACCAAGAUAGAUUGGACAAAGAUAACUGGAAACAGGACUGGCCUUGACAUAUGUUGUUAGAAAAAUGACUAGCGUUGGUUAGAUUGUGCUCAAACACAACAAUAUUUGCUAGAGACAAAAUUGAACUUGAUUGGAAAAUAAUAUACUGACAGGUGACCGAAGAUGCUUUGGUCUAAUGAAUAUGCUUUGGUUUGGGUAGAACAAUUGAAAGGGUUCACAUACUAAGUUAAAUGGUUUUGUAUACGACAUAUCAGAAAUACAUGAUUGGUAGAGGAUUUUACAUAGUCAAUAAAAUGUUGAGCAUAUUGGAGUUAUCAACAGACUGGUGAAGACUUACCUCUCUCACGUCUUCUCAGGAUAAGUCACUAGAAUGCGUUGUUUAGUGCAACCUGGAAAGUUAUUGACAAGGACCUGCAAACAGGACCGAAUUAAACAUCUCCGCUGCCUUAAGGCGUUAGUGUGUGUAUGACUGGAUGGAUGAAUGUGAGUAGUUUGGGGUAUGACUGCAUGGUGAAUAUGACUAGGUGGGUGAUUGGAUGGCAAUACGUUCAAGGUGGUUGGCAUUAGGUGACAUGUUAGUGUGUGUGAAUGUGACAGGGUAUGUAAGGUGGGACUGGGAGGUAAGAUUGGACUAUCUGACUGGGUGGAUAGGGGAAUAUGAUCAGUUCAGAGUAUGCUUAAGAGGCUGAAUGGCAGUGUGUAUGUAAGAGAAUAUUUGUGUGAAGUGUUAGAGAGUGCAUGUGGGGUGUAUUUGUGUAGAGUGCUAGUGUGUGAAUAUAGUGGUGUGUUUUAUAGAGUGACAGUGUGUGCAUGCUGGACCAUUUUUAUGUGAUGUGUUAGUGUGCAUGUGUAGGCAUUUACUGUGCAUGUAUAGGUGUGUUAAUGCACUGUGUUUCCAAUUCCCAUUUGGCCAUUUUUAUCUCUUUAUUCAUCUAUCUCUCCCUCACAUGUGUUUCUCUCCACCCAUCCCCUUCUUCGCAUUACCCUCCCUUUCUAUAAUAGUACUCUCUUCUCGUUCCCCACUUUUCCUUACUAGUUCCCCCCUCUUUCCCCAUCCCUCAUUUGUCCCUCUCUUCUUUCCCAAUUACACACUUGUACCCAUCUUCCUUCCUCCGUUUCUCACUUGUUCCCCUCUUCUUUGUUCCCAUCCUUAACCUGAUCCCCUCUUAUCUCCUUCUUAAAUCACCUGUUCUACUCUUCCACCCUGCUUUCACCUGUGCCCUGUAAUCUCCCCUUUCAAUCACUUGUUCUCCUCGUAUGUCCCCCCUUUCCCAGUUUUUCACUACUAGUCUUACCUCCUUCCCCUGUGUCUCUCUUCUAAAUUUCCCCCUUGCCCAGCUGUGUGAGGGGAGGUUCAGCAGUAACUGCAGGAGGUUCAGUGGGUCGAGGGUGGGUUAUGUUGCUGAUAUCAUCUCUGCACGCUCUUCUGCAGUUUCUUCGGCUCACUGUGGGGGAGAGAGAACCUGUAACCGAGGGUGCUGGAAAGAGGUAUUUCACUAUGGGAAAUCUGGCCAUUCCUGCAAGGCUAGGCUUAGACAGUAUAUGAUGGGAACACCCCCCAAUUAGAAUGAAAUGUUAGUAACAAUACACAUUUCAAACGCACUGUGACAAUAACAAACAAAUUUCAAGAGUACUGUGACAUAAUGACUGACAUCAAGAGCCAAGUGCUACAUCCUUUAAAUCUACCUAUGCAUGUGAAUCUGAAAACUCUACAAAUGGACAUGAGAGCCCUGAACGCUAAUGAGAAUAAAACCAGGUAAUGGUGGUGAGCCUCUCUAGUGUCUGUGAACUGUUGUCCCCGUUGGCAAACUAAUGGCAAAAUACACAUGCAAAAACCAUAGUAUAUGCAUCUGUAAUCAGCAAUCUUUUCCUGUAGUCCUGUAGAUGAAUGAGAUGCGACUGAAUAUUUUAGUUGCAGAAUGUAUGUUUUGCAAAGCUUGGACAUUUUGUAUAACGCAUAUUAAACAAGGCGAAUUAACUUACUUUAAGACAUUAAUAUCCAUCUAGGUUGUCUAGUUGCCAAGAGGGAGUCGGGACCCAUUCAUUUCAUAACUGAUAAGAAAUGAACUGCAUAUAGAGUGAGACUCCAACAUGAAAUAUAUUUAAUACUCUCUAAAUGAUGAAAUGUAUAUAUAUUUUUUUAUUUCAUGUAUUCAUUUUCUUGAGUCAUUUUCUCUUUCCUUUUUUUAGCUACCUGAAAUGACUCAUAUUCAGACGCAAAGGCCAUGGUUAAUGUUUUUCCUGCAAAAUCUAGGACUUCUUCUUGGAUGGCUGUGCCUGUUGAUGUUGGCAAUUUAUGAACAUAAAAUUAAACUAUAGUUUGGCAGCAGACGCAAACUGUGAAUAUUUUAUUCAAUUAAUAUGUACAGUUUCAUUCGUGCUCCAAACAUGUCUUUUUAGCAGGAUUUUAGCCUACAAUUUCUUAGCAUCGUUUGAACAAGUUGAUAAACAUCCAAUUUAUUUGCUACAGUUUUUUGCCAUUUUUUUAAAUAAAUAAAUAUGUCACAAC